GAAGGUGGGCCUUGUUGCCUUGGCGACAGCGAGUGGGGCUGAGCGGCUGCUCCGACAGCCAAUAGCAGCCUGGAGGGGCGGGGCCAGCUGGGGCCUGCGCGUCAGCGGCGGGGCUCGCAGGUGUCCGGUCUGGCCGGCCGCCCAGCCCGAUAAGCAUGCAGCUGCUGUGUUUGGUGGCCGUGGUCGGCUGUUUGCUGGUGCCCCCGGCUCAAGGCAACAAGAGUUCUGAAGAUAUCCGGUGCAAAUGCAUCUGUCCGCCGUACAGGAACAUCAGUGGACACAUUUACAACCAGAAUGUGUCGCAGAAGGACUGCAACUGCCUGCACGUGGUUGACCCCAUGCCUGUGCCCGGCCAUGACGUGGAGGCCUACUGCUUGCUGUGCGAGUGCAGGUACGAGGAGCGCAGCACCACCACCAUCAAGGUCAUCAUUGUCAUCUACCUGUCGGUGGUGGGGGCCCUCCUGCUCUACAUGACUUUCCUGAUGCUGGUGGACCCUCUGAUCCGAAAGCCGGAUGCGUACACAGAACAGCUGCACAAUGAGGAGGAGAACGAGGAUGCUCGCUCUAUGGCGGCUGCCGCGGCCUCCUUCGGGGGACCCCGCGCCAACACGGUCCUGGAACGUGUGGAAGGCGCUCAGCAGCGGUGGAAGCUGCAGGUGCAGGAGCAACGGAAGACGGUCUUCGAUCGGCACAAGAUGCUCAGCUAGAGGGCCCGGCACAGUCGGGCCAAGGACCAGCGGCCACGGCUGGAUAGAGCCAGGGGCCACUCUCCCCUCCUUCGACGCCACCCUUCCUGGGUCUUCCCUUUAAAAGCCUGUGGCGUUUUUUCCUCCUUCUGCCCCUCUUUAGAAACGUUGUUCUCAGCUGAGUUAAUUCCGGAAGCGUGAUGGGGUCCCCGAUCUCUCGUUCGCCUGCUCAGGUCUUGGGGGUUUGUGGGGGGAAGGCAGGCCAAGAGGGGAUGGAGGCGUCCGUCUCAGGCGGCCUCAGGGUUGGAAGGAGCCUCUCUCUCAUUGCUCCACCCUUGCCACCUCUCCGGCUCCAAAUCCCGGGAAGGUUCCAGCCUCUGGAAGGUGGAGCUGGGUCGUCAGGACCUCGGUGUGUGGGAGGAAAGCCUGGCCCCUGCCACCUGUGCUGCUUUCUGCUGUGGUUGUGGUGGCUGCCUUCCUCGCCACCCCGAGACGUCAGCCCCCGAGCACCCAUCCCCUCUUCCUCCUCCCUCCUCUCCUCCCCUGACGCAUGGUGGUGGCCGUGCACCCUGCCUCCUCUCGGCCCGGCCCUCCCGCCCACUCAGGAGGCCAGGCAGGCCCCUUGCCUCCCUGUGUGUGUUGUCACUGAGCCAGACGGGUGGUGGGACCACGCGGCACAAGGCCGGGCGGUGGCUCUGAAUGCCACAGCCUUGGGGCACCACGCAUCCCUGAAUUUCCUUGUAGCGUGCAUGGGCAGACAUGUUUGUCUACCGUUGUCUGUAAGUCAAGGAAGCCAUCAUUAAAUUGUCUUAUUUCUCAC